AAGACCGCCCGCCCCGCCCGCAUCGUGGAGACCGUGGCCAAGAAGCCCACGUCGCAGGAGAACGUGAUCGAGGCCGAGAUCCGCGCCCAGCAGCAGAAGGAGGAGGAGCUGCGUCGCGAGGGCUGCCUCAAGAACGCGGUGGUGCGUGAGAAGGGCGCCUCUCUCCCCCGCCAGCCACGACUCCGACGAGGGCUUCGUGGACCGCCUGGCCGAGGACGUGGCCACGACGCCCACCAACGGCUUCACCCACGCCAUCCCGGGCAACGAUGGGGAGCCCGUGAUCUACGAUGCCGUCAGCCCGCCGCCAGAGUACUUCGGCAGCAGCACGCCCACGCCCGCAAACACCACCGAGACGAAGAUCGCCCUCGAGAUCCGCGAGCUGAGGGAACGCGAGGACGAGCUCAGAAGGAUGCGCGAGCUGUCCACCUCGAGGGAGAACUUCCUCGACGACGACGAGGUGCGGAGCUCGGCCUCCAGGGACCAGCUCCUCGAGGACCACCUGACCUCCCUCACGACCACCACCGACGAAGGGAAUUUCUCCGAGUGCGGCGACCCGGCUUCCUCGGAGGACAAGAGCAGCGACGGAUCCAACAGUCGCAUCAUGUCCCCUGAACUCAUGCACCCUGGAACACACCUGGACUUCGGCCGCAGGAAGGUCACCGUCAAGCCCUUCGAGGACGAGGAGGAGGACCAGCCAGUCUACACAAGGAUGCAGAAGGAGUCUGUGAUCGAGAGGGAGAUCCGCCUGGCCAGGGAGCGGGAGGAGGCGUACCGCAGGGAGAAGGGCCUCGCCAACGCCCCCGUCAGCGCCGCCCCCAGCCGCCCCGCCGCACAGCCCGCCGUCGCCCGCCCAUCCCCGGUGGUGACGGAUCCUCGCAGGGGCGUCCAGCGCAUCGCCACCAACAGGAUCCAGCAGGAGAUCCAGGAGACGAGCCAGAAGGAGAAGGAGCUCAGGGAUGCUGGCAAGAUCCUGACCAUGUCUGAGGAGACCGUCGAUGCCAAGGUGACCCGUAUGUCAGACUUCACGGAGGCGAGCGAGAGCCCCCGCCUCCGCCCCUCCUCCUCCAGCAGACCCGCAGGCUUCAGCACGCCCGUGACGAAGCGCAGCCCCUCCCCCCGCAGCCCCUCCUCCCCCGUGCCCAACUUCACCCCCUCCCCCGCCAGGGGCCUGACCAAGAGCCUCUCCACCACCAACCUGGCCAGCCCCACCGCCGCCGCCACCAUGCGGGCGCCGAAGGGCCUCAUGCAGAAGUUCAUCGCCUCCCGCGGCAAGAUGACCGCCUCGGCCUUCUCCUCCCCUCCCCCCGCCCUCACCCACGUGGCAUCCACAUCCCGGGGCGUCCCCACCAGACCCAUGAGAGUGGAACCAAAGACUGCAGUUGUACAGCGGGAGACGCUCGCGAGGAUGAGGACAGAGCCAGCAGCCGUCGUGGAUGAGCCACUCAGACAGCAGAACAACCAGGUUUACCGCCGGACCCACUGCACGGCGGAGGAGAAGAUCCAGUCUGAGCUGAAGGAGAUGCAGAUGAGAGAGGAGGAGUUGAGGCGUCUGAGGGCCCGCCAGCUCGCGCAGUCCCAGCCCAACCUCGCGGGUCUCGGAGCUGACGACCUCGAGGACACCGACCCCCAGGACCACGCCCACAUGUACACGCACGAGGUCAAUGGUCUUCGUUCGGUCCUUUCCAAUCCUAAUCUUCUAGAGGACGAGCCAGAGCAGACACAGGCCUCGGACAAGAUGGUGAGGAGGCGCAGCGCCCUGAUUGCCCAGUGGGAGAACCGAAUCCAGCAGACCAGUGAUACCUGAGCCCACCUCCCAGAAAGCAUUUGGUGCUUGUCUCAGCAAGUUAAGCCAUAUGCAGACAGCCGGCCAGCUUGUCCUUGGCAGCCAUAAGAGCAGCCAAUUCAGCACUACACAGCUUAUUUGACUCCUUAUCGUACAUUUGUCAGAAAGGCCUUACCUUGCUGUUGAAUUCCUAAGAUAUUUAGGCCUCGAUAUAUAUACAUAUAUAUAUAUUUUUAUUUAAUUGCUGCCAGGGUAGUAAAUUGUUAUAUAGUACAUACAGACUGUUAAGCAUGUUGCUCGGCUGCUGUGGCCAUUCUUGUGAUUAUAGUGUGAUAUAGUAUUCUUUAAUGUAUAAGUAAACUGCUUUCUACUAUGAUAACCUCAGCUAGCAGGGGGGGUGGGAAAGGGUGAUUAAUUAGAUAGGUAUCAAGACCCAGUCAUGGUACAGGAGCGAGUGCCACCCACUGUAAUUUCUUGGCUUCUGUGAAGGAUAUAUACAUCCCAGAUUACAGUGCUUCCUAUUAAAUAAAACUGUAAUUAUUUACCGUACAUGGCAUAAGUGUGCUUUCUAGUUGUGGACACGAGCCACAGGUAGAAUAAUAAUUUAUGUGACAGGACUAGGGAGCCUUUCUAGUGUUUUUUGUACAUAUGUAGAAUAUGCAAUAUGUUAUAUUUAGUACUUAAUCCUAUAGAAGCAUAUACUUUAUGCUGAAUGAGCUGCAUAAUUUAAUUGUUGAAUAAUAACCCUUUGUAUGUUAUUUUAGGAAUAACGUAGAUUAAGGUGGACAUAUUACCUUAUGGCAAGUCUGCAGGCAGGAUGAUCACGUGGCUGCCUUAAGCCUAGCUGUAUCUCUUUGCACAAAUAAAAGCUUAUAACUAAA